AUUAGUUCGUACUCUAACCGCGCGAAAUAGACACUUAUCUUGAUUUGUCAACAAGAUGUCGUUGUUCUCCACACCUGCUUUAAACAAUUAUGUAUCUAGUGCUACAACUUUUAUCAAGAAGUCAAUCGAGACAAAAGUAUUUGAUGAUUCUGGAUCGAAGGGCGCUUUUAUUGGGAUGAAUGCACCGAUUAUUGGACGUUAUGGCAUAACAAUCACUUCAGGUGGUACAAUUAAUCUUGGUCGUUUUAAAGAUCCAAGAGCAACUCUUCGUGAUGCACGUGAUAAUAAAGUGGUUGUACCACCGGAUUAUGGUGGUACAUCAACCAAGCCUAUACCGGCUACAAGAGGCGGUGAUAUAUCCUCUGCAGCAUUAUCUUAUGAUCAAUUGAAAACACAGUUGCUCCAAAGCGGUAAAUUAUUUGAAGAUCCAGAGUUCCCACCUAACGAUAAAAGUUUAUACUUUAGUCAGAAACCACCAAAACAAAUUCAAUGGUUACGUCCACAUGAAAUAUGUUCGAAUCCGGAAUUUAUUACUGGCGGUGCAUCACGAUUCGAUGUACGUCAAGGUGAAUUAGGUGAUUGUUGGUUGUUGGCUGCUAUUGCAUGCUUAUCAAUGGAUAAGAAAUUAUUUGAACAAGUUGUAGCAAUAGAUCAAAGUUUUACCAAAGAAUAUUGUGGUCUAUUCCGUUUUCAUUUUUGGAAUUAUGGUGAAUGGAAAGAAGUUGUGGUGGAUGAUCGUUUACCAACUUAUCAUCAAUCAUUAGUGUAUAUACAUUCAACUGAGAAAAAUGAAUUUUGGUCAGCUUUAUUAGAAAAAGCUUAUGCAAAAAUAUGCGGUUCAUAUGAGGCGCUGAAAGGUGGUACAACCAGUGAAGCAUUGGAAGAUUUCACUGGAGGAAUUUGUGAAAUGUUUGAUUUGAAAAAAGAUACACCACCGAAUUUAUUGCAAGUUAUGCUGAAAAGUCAAGAGUUAAAUUCAUUGAUGGCAUGUUCAAUUCAAGCUGAUCCGAAUACUUACGAGGCACGAUUGCCAAAUGGUUUGAUUAUGGGACAUGCAUAUUCUGUUACUUCUGUUAAAAUGUUAGAUAUAUCUAUUCCAAAUAAAACUGGUAAAAUCCCAUUAGUUCGUGUACGUAAUCCAUGGGGUGAUGAAUCGGAAUGGAAAGGUCCAUGGAGUGAUAAAUCGAGAGAAUGGUCAUUGAUUUCACCAGAACAACGACAACAACUUGGUCUAACAUUCGAUGAUGAUGGUGAAUUUUGGAUGUCCUAUCAAGAUUUUGUAUCGAAUUUUGAAAAACUUGAAAUAUGUCAUCUUGGACCACAGUCGAUGGGAGAAAUGGGAGGAAGUCGUGUUUGGGAAAUGUGCAUUGAAGAAGGUUGUUGGCUACGGCGUCAAUCAGCCGGUGGAUGCCGUAAUUUCCUCGAUACAUUUUGGACAAAUCCACAAUAUGUAGUCUCUGUUGAAGAUCCAGAUGAAAAUGAUGAUGAGAAUAAAGGAACAUUAAUUGUUGGUCUAAUGCAAAAGAAUAGACGAAAAAUGCGAAAAGAAGGUGCUGAUCUGUUAACUAUUGGUUAUGCUGUUUAUAAAUUACCGGAACAACAUCAAGGUACUUUGGAUUUGAAAUUUUUCAAAUACAAUGCAUCAAUUGCACGUUCACCAGCAUUUAUUAACUUACGUGAAGUAUGCGGUCGACAUAGAUUGGAUCCAGGACGAUAUGUAAUUGUUCCGUCAACAUUUCAACCAAAUGAAGAGGCUGAUUUUAUGCUGCGUAUAUUCUCAGAAAAAGCUCCUACAACUCAAGAGUUGGAUGAAGAGAUUGGUGAAACUGAACCAACACUCAAUUUGGAUGAUAAUACGGUUGUCAAACCAUUGACUGAUGUACAAGUGGAAGCAUUACAAAGAGCAUUUAAUAAAGUUGCUGGAGAUGAUGGUGAAAUUGACGCGGAUGAACUACGUGAUAUAUUGAAUUGUGCAUUUACUCAAGAUUUUCCUUUUGAAGGAUUCAGUUUGGAGUCGUGCAGAAGUAUGAUUGCUAUGAUGGAUGUUGAUCGAUCUGGUAUGUUAAGCUUUCCAGAAUUCAGAAAACUGUGGGACCUGUUGCGUGUUUGGAAGUCUGCAUUUAAACAAUUCGAUACGGAUAAAAGUGGUUCAAUGAAUUCAAUUGAAUUAAGAAAUGCAUUAAAACAUGUUGGUUUUUCCAUUAAUAAUGCAACAUUUUCAACGUUGGUAUUGCGUUUUUCACGUCGAGAUGGCAGUGUACCAUUUGACAGUUAUGUGAUUUGUUGUGCACGUUUACACAUUUUAUUUGAAUUAUUUAAAGCAUCACCAAAAAAUGCCAAUUCACAAGCAUUAUUCACUGAAAGUGAAUUUGUCAACAGCGCACUCUACAUGUAAACAACGUAAAUGAUUCAAUCAAUAUAUACAUGAACGUGAUUACUUCAUAUCAAAUUACACCUUUAACUUAUUUAACACAUAUUGUUGUUGUUGUUGUUGUUGUUCAGUUAUUGAGUUAUUCAACUUGAAAUAUCAUUUAAAAAAAAAAGAGACAGAUUUGGAAAAAAAAACCUUUAUUUAUUCAUACUGCAUAUCUAUCUAUCUAUCUAUCUACAUAUAUAUAUACAUUGUGCUAAGCCGAUACUUUUCCAUUUAUAUAUCGAAUUGAAUUGUACUUUUCCUCAUGCAAUAAUAAUAUGGCUUUUUCUUGUCAGUUUUAACAUUGAACAGUUGAACUAUUUAUAUUUACUUCAUAUUUGACACAAUCGUGUAUCAGUACAAAUUUCAAUAGUUCAAUGUUUCAAUAUUUGCUAAAAUUGUCACAUGCCAAUGAUGUCGUUCGUACGUGAUGAAUUAAAAAAAAAAACAAUAUGUUGUUUUGACCUGUUUGAAACAUUUGAACUUUUCAUUAUCAAUUAGUAUGCAUUGAAUAUGUUAGUCUUGUCGAUAUGGAAUACUUACUUUUUUUUUCUUUGCUAUCGAUGUAUCCUAUCGAUGGAAAUGCUUCUUCAUAACUUGUUGUUAUUGUUUAUCAACGUAUUUUUUCUGGCCUUGUUUGUUUAUUACCAAAUUUGAAUGUUUUUAUGUUUUGCACAAGUAAAACAUAAAUGCGAGAAAGAGAGAGAAAUGAAGAAUUUUGUCAUUUGUUUAUUUCUGUUGUAAUUUUUAUGUCGAUUCAGUGUUUGUCCAGUCUUAUUAAUCCUUUCGAUUUCAUUCAAUCAAUACUGAUCAAGUUAGAUGAAUAGAAUUCAUUAAAUUUUCGAAAUAUUUGCAUGUAUUUUGUUUAUUUUGUAUGAUUGAUUAGAAUAGUUUAGUGUUGCAGGUUGAAUUCCUACUCGAAUUUAAAGUUGCAUGUAAACUAGGACUUUUAAAGUUUACAUAUACAUUUCUGCACAAUUGAAUGACAUGUGUAUGUAUGUAUAUACAGUAAAUGAAACUUAAGUAUUUCA